GAUAUCUGUCAUCUGCAGAUUCAUUCCCUAGAUGGCCCCUAAAGCCAGGAAGCCAGAACCUCCUUUCAGGUCUCUCAUGUGGGUACAUGGACCCAAGACUUAGACCAACUUCCUCUGAUAUCCCAGGCACAUUGUGCAAGGAGCUUGAUUGGAAGUGGACCAGCCAAGGAGAGAUUGAGUGCCCAGUUCUGAUGCCAGGAUCCUAGAUGGCAGCUUAAUCAAUGCCACUGCAUUGGCCCUCAUAAAGCUUCAUUUCUAAUAAAAAUACAAACCAUGUGCAGUGAUAUAAUAUGGCCAUCUGGAGAUCAACCAGUUCAUGUCCAUAAUAAAUGUAGUCAUGUGAGCAAAAAUAAUAACAUAAAAUAUUGUGUGAUUUCUGACUUUGUAUCUUUAUAUUCCCUUAGCUCACAGCCAAAAGAAUCGACAUCCAUUACUUAUGUGGAAUCCAUCAAUGACAAGUCACACUCAGGAGAAUCAACAUCUAGUAUAUAUGUGGAAUCCAUCAGUGACAACUCACAGCCAAAGGAAUCAACAUCCAUUACUUCUAUGGAAUCCAUCAAUGACAACUCACAGCCAAAGGAAUCAACAUCCAUUACUUUUGUGGAAUCCAUCAAUGACAAACCAAAUACAGAAGAAUUGACAUAUGAAAAUUAUGAGGAAGCACCCAGUACCAUGACUUCAAUAUAUGAAUAUGGAUCACUACAUGUUGAUGGAGCUACAAGUGAAGUUACUGCCCAGUCAGACUUGAAAACAUCCCCAAGUGAACGCAUCAGUGUAAGCACUCCAUUAAGUCAGUCAACAGUAAUAUCUGUUGAUGAAGACGUCGAUGAAACCAGCAAGAUGAAGAACACUACUCGUUUAAUUGUAUCAGCCUUUGCAUUCAGAGUAUUUGGAAUCCUGCUCAUCUUUGUGGACAUAUUUCUCAUCAUGUCAGAUGUAAUUUUCAAUGAUAACAAAAUAGUUUUCGAAUGCCAUUCAAUUUCUUUGGCUAUUGCAUUCUUUUUUUUCUUUGAUGUUCUACUCAGAGUGUAUGUUGAGGGGAGGAAGACAUAUUUUACUGAUCUAUUUAACAUCUUAGAUGCUGUCAUUAUUGCAAUAACUCUCUUGAUCGAUACCAUUUACUUCUUUUUUGACCUAAGAUUUCUGAAAGAUGUACCAAGGGUGGCCGUUCUGCUUCGACCUCUACGCCUUAUAAUUUUGGUAAGAGUUUUCCAUCUGGCUUACCAAAACAGACAACUCCAAAAGCUGACCAGAAGACUGGUUUCAGAAAACAAAAGGCGAUACAGGAGAGAUGGAUUUGACCUAGAUCUCACUUACAUAACUGAUCGCAUUAUCGCCAUGUCAUUUCCAUCUUCUGGAAAGCAGUCUUUCUACAGGAAUCCAAUUAAGGAAGUUGUGAGGUUCCUGGAUACCAAACAUCGAAACCAUUACCGAGUCUACAAUCUAUGCAGUGAAAGAGCUUAUAAUCCUGAACAUUUUCAUAACAGAGUCCAAAGAAUCAUGAUUGAUGAUCAUAAUGUCCCUACUCUCAGCGAGAUGGUGGUAUUCUCCAAAGAAGUAAAUAUGUGGCUGGCUCAAGACAAGAAGAACGUAGUAGUGAUUCACUGCAAAGGCGGCAAAGGAAGAACUGGGACAAUGGUCUGUGCUUGCCUCAUUGGUAAUCAGAUCUUUGGUACUGCAAAGGAAAGUCUUGCUUAUUUUGCAAGUCGACGUACUGAUCACACCAUCAGUAGUAAAUUCCAAGGAAUUGAAACUCCCUCCCAAAGUAGAUAUGUUGGAUAUUUUGAGAAUGUGAAAAAUCUCUGCAACUGGACUCUCCCGCCAAAAAAAUCCUCACGCCAUACAAAAUUAUCAUUUAUUCAAUUCAUACAACAGACAGUCUUUUCAUGUUCAUCUUCUAAAAACUGCAAGAUAUUUCACGAUGUCGAAACUGACAAAGUCAUUAUUGAAUUGUUGAACUGUCCAAUCCUAUAUGACGACGUUAAAGUCAGAUUUCUCUCUCGGGUAAGUAAUCAAGAAAUUACUUCUGCUGUUGUACUUGUUUGCUCUUUUGAUUGAUUUUGAU